AUGGGCCUCCUCAAGACUGCCGUCAUAGCCACAUGGCUCUCAUUGGCAUCGGUGGUACUGUCAGCCGUUGUAGAGUCGUCUGGACUUUCAGUCACGCUGGACAAUGUGCACUACUUUAUAUCACCGUUCCCAGCUGGCGUUGCGUAUAAUGGCUCCCUGGAUGCAAUGCGCCAACAGGCCCAUCUGGGAUUCAUUCCUGUAACGGUUGUUUCUGAGCCGGAGGAAGACAUGGAAGCGCUGUUCAGGAACUGGACAGUGAAGGACGAUGUUUGGCAACCGGGAUUCCUGGACACCGUGCUUCUACCUGGCGUUGAUAGUGGCAGUAGGAAGGUUUCUUACUACCCCGACCGCGAGUCGACAGUGGUGGAGCUCGAUGGGGGUGAUAUUCCCUCAGGGCCUUACUUUCUCGACAUAUCGACUGGGGCUGUUCACCAAGUAUACCGGCUGUACGAUGACUUCUCCGGAGCCUUCACCCAGUCACUGCUACAAAGGCCGGAUGGACACUUUCAAACACUAUCAGCACAGGUACCCUCAGCAGCGUCCUUGACGAUUGGCGUUCCCUCACGGCUAUACUUCACACCAACUGAAGAGAAGCCCUUAGCUGGAGCCCGCAUCGGCGUGAAGGAUAUUUUCGCUCUUGCUGCAGUAAAACGGUCCAACGGCAAUCGCGCUUGGUACGGCCUUUAUCCGCCAGAGAAUCAAACUGCCCCGGUAAUCCAGAGCCUUAUUGAUGCUGGUGCUGUCAUCGUUGGGCUACAGAAGCUGUCCCAGUUUGCCAAUGGGGAAAAGGCCACUGCGGACUGGGUCGACUACCACUCGCCCUUCAAUCCUCGCGGGGACGGGUACCAGGACACCUCGUCGUCGUCUGCUGGAGCCGGCUCCUCAAUGGCGUCUUAUGACUGGCUUGAUCUGGCUGUUGGUAGCGAUACUGGAGGGUCUAUCCGAGACCCGGCAAGCAAUCAAGGCGUGUUUGGGCAUCGGCCGUCACACGGUCUUGUAGGUUUGGACCAUGUUAUGCCUAUGUCGCCGUCCCUGGAUACUGCUGGGUUCUUGGCCCGUGAUCCUCAUCUUCUGGAUGUUGCAAAUGUGGCGAUGUAUGGGGUAAACUACACCCGGUAUCAGCAUCGUCCUACCUACCCCAGAACCCUAUACACGCUGGACUUGCCCACAGAUGACACACCAACAUCGCGUAUUCUGGCGAACUUCACUCAAAAGCUUGCUCGCUUUCUCAACGCAAAUGCAACAGCUCUGGAUAUAAACGCCGAAUGGCAUCGCUCUGGGCCUAGUGUCAAGGGACAGACAAUCUCCGAACUCCUCAACCUAACCUAUACAACCUUCAUUACAAAGGACCAGGUGCGGCUCGUGCGCGACCCUUUCUAUGAAGACUACGCCGCCGUGCAUAACAACCGCCUCCCCUUCAUCGACCCAGCUCCCCUCACCCGCUGGACCUGGGGUGCAUCCCAACCAGAGUCCCUCCUCGCAGAGGCCCACACCAACAAAACCCUCUUCGCGGACUGGAUCAACACCCAGAUCCUGCCGCCAUCCGAAGAAACCUGCACAUCCAGUUUGCUGCUGUACACCGGCUCCAUAGAUGCCUUCGCAUUCCCCCGGAACCACUACCUCUCUCCCCCCGGGCCUCCGUUUGGUUUCUCGAACAGCCAGAUAUCUGUCUUUGCGGGAGUGCCUGAUACGGUCUUCCCGCUUGGCGAGAUUCCGGUGUUUAGUAACAUUACUAACCAUGUUGAGUAUUUGCCUGUUGCUGUUCAUGUUGUUGCCGCGAGAGGGUGUGAUGGGCUUGUUUCCCGGUUGGCGGUGGAUUUGGUGAGAGAGGGAUUGCUUGUACAGCCGAAGACUGGGACGAGAAUUAGUGGUGGGGCGAUAUUGGUUUAG